UUUCCAGAGCAUUUAAGGCCCCGCCGCAGAGUGUCUGGGAGGAGUCGAGGCCACGCCACAGCAGCAUGGGGGACAGCUUCAUCCGGCACAUCGCCCUCCUGGGCUUCGAGAAGCGCUUUGCCCCCAGCCAGCACUAUGUGUACAUGUUCCUGGUGAAGUGGCAGGACCUGUCGGAGAAGGUGGUGUACCGGAAGUUCACCGAGAUCUACGAGUUCCACAAAAUGCUAAAGGAAAUGUUCCCCAUCGAGGCGGGGGAAAUCAACCCGCAGAACAGGAUCAUCCCGCACCUCCCCGCCCCGCGCUGGUUCGACGGGCAGCGCGUCGCCGAGAGCCGCCAGGGGACGCUGUCCGAGUACUGCGCCGCGCUCAUGGCGCUGCCCCCCAAGAUCUCCCGCGGCCCGCACGUGCUGGGCUUCUUCAAGGUGCGGCCCGAAGACCUGCAGCUGCCCGGCGACAGCCCGGUGAGGAAGCCCGAGACCUACCUGGUGCCCAAGGACGGCAAGAGCAACGCGGCAGAUAUCACCGGGCCCAUCGUCCUGCAGAGCUACCGCGCUAUUGCCGACUACCAGAAGACCUCAGGCUCGGAGAUGGCUCUGGCCAUGGGCGACGUGGUGGACGUCGUGGAGAAGAGCCAGAGUGGCUGGUGGUUUUGCCAAAUGAAGGCAAAGCGUGGCUGGGUCCCUGCAUCCUUCUUGGAGCCCCUGGACAGUCCUGACGAGGCCGAGGACCCGGAGCCCAACUAUGCAGGUGAGCCCUAUGUCACCAUCAAAGCCUACACUGCCGUAGAGGAGGACGAGAUGUCCCUGUCCGAGGGUGAGGCCAUCGAGGUCAUUCAUAAGCUCCUGGACGGCUGGUGGGUGGUCAGGAAGCAGGACGUCACCGGCUACUUCCCGUCCAUGUACCUGCAGAAGGCAGGGCACGACGUGGCGCAAGCACAGCGCCAGAUCAAGGGCCGAGGCGCGCCGCCCCGCCGGUCGACCAUCCGCAACGCGAACAGCAUCCACCAGCGGACGCGGAAGCGCCUCACCCAGGACGCCUAUCGGCGCAACAGCGUGCGCUUCCUGCAGCAGCGGCGCGGCCAGGCGCGGCCAGGACCACAGAAGGAGAAUCCACAGAGCCAGCGAGCGAAGCCGAAGCCGCAACCAGCGGUGCCCCCGAGACCCAGCGCCGACCUCAUCCUGCACCGCUGCAGCGAGAGCACCAAGCGAAAGUUGGCGUCUGCCGUCUCUGUCUGAGGCUCGGGCACCGUCCUCAGAAAGAACCCCUGCCCGAUCCCUGUAUAUAGGCAGUCCCUGUAUAUAUGAGUGUAGAGCCUGCAGUCGAUGCCCUGGAACCCUCAGCCCACGACACCAUCAACCAUCCUCAAUAAAUGUUGCUUAUAGUGGACAGAGGCCCUGAUCAGGGUGGGCCGGGCUCUGUCACAGCGACCUCCCCAACUGGAAAUUGAACGAGAGGCUUCACACUGA